UCCAGAAGAUUCUCCCUCUCUCUCUCUCUCUCUCUGAGAAAACAACGUAUUUGCCGAUGCCAAAAGCUUCCCGUAGGAACGGAAUUGAAUGCUUUGUGCGCAAAAUAUCGUCAUCGAUCCAUGUUCAUCGCCAGACACAGUUGGAACCAGAAAUUACAGGCACCGUGCAAAACCCAGUUAUGUGCCGGUCUCGGUUACUUGCAAGACAUCACGAAACCCCACCCUUCCCCUCGCUUAUCCUCCACUCAUAUUUUGCUCACAUCAAAUCCCACACAACCUAUAAAAACAACCACAUCCUCUCUUGCCAGUCCCAUCUACAAAGAAUUCAUACCAUCUACAGAGAUAGAAUUUAAGCAAUUCUUGCAGUUUCAAGACUUGGGUUUGGCGUUAGCGACAGAGGAGAUGGAGAUCAAAGUGCCGGUCGAGAGCUCGACAGAGCAUACCCUCCCGCUCCUGAAGGACGAGGAUGCGGAUAGGAGGAACUUGAUACAAAAGGCCAUGAGGCAAACGUUCGAGAGCACCGCCCACUUGGCCAACCUCUUGCCCACCGGGACGGUCCUCGCGUUCCAGCUCCUGUCCCCGAUAUUCUCGAACCAAGGCCACUGCGACCCGGCCAGCCGGGCCAUGACGGCGGGCCUGGUGCUCCUCUGCGGCCUGUCCAGCUUCCUCCUCUCCUUCACCGACAGCUUCAGGGAUGAGAAGGGGGAUGUGUGCUACGGGUUCGCCACGCCGCACGGCCUGUGGGUGAUCGACGGGUCGGACACGCUCCCGCCUGAGCUCAAGGAUCAAUACAGGCUGAGGUUCAUAGACUUUGCGCACGCGAUCAUGUCGGUACUGGUGUUUGGGGCGGUCGCGCUUUUCGACGAGAACGUGGUGAGCUGCUUCUACCCGGCGCCAUCGGACGAGACUAGGGAGGUGCUGACGGCGUUGCCGGUGGGGAUCGGAGCCAUCUGCACUAUGUUGUUCGUCGUGUUCCCGACCAAGCGGCACGGGAUCGGUUUCCCACUUUCCAGUAUUUGAACCACACCACAUCUAGAACUCUUGUCUUUUGAGACGAUGCACAGUUGCAAAUUUGAAUGUGUUCAUUUCUUCCUAAUUCAUUUCGGCGUGGAUCAUGUCAUCGAUAAUAAUAAAAGAAUGACUUUCAUACCAUA